AUGCUUGGUGACUGCUCGAAUUAUCAGGUCGAUGAAGACAUGGGAACAACUACGUCUAUGCCUAACUUCCAAAAAAUGGAACUAAUCACAAGGAGUAUCAAUCUCGCGUCAGCACGGUAUGGAUGCUGUUUUAAAGACACCGACUCAUCCAUUUUAAUUGGGGUCGGAAAUCAGCGUACGUCUAUAAUAUGCGGUUCCGCAGUUCCGGAAGUAAUAGUGGAAAAUUGCUUAAUCAGAGAAGAACUAUCAAAGUGGUUGAAGCCAACGGACACAAAUGAGUUGGAAACUAUGCUGAGCAUCCUUGAGAAGGUUAUUCCGAUUCUACCCUGCCGCUACAAUGCAGUAUAUCUGGAACUCGCUGAGAUGAGGACUAUUAGUAUUCAAGACGUCUUCUCUCAUUCUAUAAUCAGAAAUUCUGAAGGGAUAGUGAUUAAAGGUGACGAAGAAAUACCAUCAGACGAUUUGGACUAUAUUCUGGAAACAGCGUCACGAUUGAAACAUUUGAGACUUUUAAACACUAGUCCUCCAUACGGUUAUAAUCAUGGAAGAAUUUUCGAACUUAAAAAUUUCGAAUUCCCCACUUCCGAGUGGAUAAGCAUCGAGCAUCUGUUAAAAAUAAAAAAUAGCGUCAAAAUGAAUAUUGGAAAGAAUCGACUCAACUAUGCAGACUUGAACAGAUUCUUAAAGUACUGGAUUCAAAGUGAAAUUGAUAUGUUCAAUAAAUAUAUUCAUAUUGAAAUGGAGGAAGAUAUUCCGGAAGAUGUGUUGUUCAAUGGAAUCCUACGGUUGAAUUCUGACUAUUUUGAAGCAAUCUCAUAUUUCAUAAAAGCUGACUCAUAUCAGCAGCAGAGGAACAAACCAGUACUUAGUAUUUGGUAUGAGGAGCAAACAUUGAAACUCACCGCAUGGUCACCGGACAAACGUUGGCGGAAUGUAGAUGGAGAAACUGGAUCGUUUCAAGGAGAGUAUGAUGCAUUGAGAGCUGUGGAAAGACGGAUGGAAUUGGAACAAACAUUGAAGGAGAAUUAUGAUGAUGAAAAGAUCCUAAAUGAGAUUAGAGAGCUAAAUGAGCAGUUGGAACAGUUGCAGGAGGAAUUGAAUUUUACGAUUGCUGAAUGCAUUUAA